ACACUCCCACUCCCAUCUCCUCCUCCCUCCCACCUUGCAGCCAUGGAGUGCUCAUUUGGCAUCAGCGGCAAGGACUUUGUCCUCCUCGCAUCGGACAUGACGGCGGGCCGUUCAAUCCUGCAGUUCAAGUCGGAUGAGAACAAGAUCAAGGUCCUCGGGCCACACCUCGCCAUGGCAUAUGGCGGUGAACCCGGCGACACGAACAACUUUGCCGACUUUAUUGAGCGCAAUGUGCGCCUCUACCACAUCCGCCACAACUCUGCGCUUCUCCCGCACGCAGCCAGCGCGUGGAUUCGCCGCUCGCUCGCAGACUCGCUGCGUUCCCGUAGACCGUACGCUGUCAACCUCCUCCUCGGCGGAUACGACACCACGUCGGACGAGCCCCACCUCUACUGGAUCGACUACCUUGGUACCAAGGCUGUUGUGCCGUACGCUGCACACGGAUUCGGGCAGCUCGUUGCGCUGUCUACCAUGGACAAGUGGUGGACCGAGGGGUGUGACCGUCACGAGGCGCUUGAUGUGCUGAGGAAGUGCAUCAACGAGGUGGCCAUUCGUUUGACUGUCAAGUUUGACUUCAACUGUAUCAUCAUCGACAAGUCUGGCGUGCACAAGCUGGAUCUCUCCUCGGAGGACCCGUUCGCUAAGAUUGCGGCUGAGGACGCGGAGAAGGCCGCCGCCGAGGAGCAGCUGGCGACACCUCCGACGCAGACGCCUGCCGUGGCCGCGGCAGCCUAGAGUGAUGUGUAGAGCAGG